AUGAUGGCUCGUGUCCUUGUUCCUCUUUUAGCACACAUCACACAGUAUUACAAUGAAGAAGAACAUUCAAUCAUCAAAUACAAUCAUUUUCAUAACAAGCUGCUGUGGAGGCAAAACCUUUUUGUUCUUUGCAAUAAAUCUUUUGUUCUUUUAUUCAGAGCUCUGAAGGUACAGGUUACACAGAGUGCAAAGCAGUCUAUGUGUCAAGUCAAACUGGAAGGAGCUGAGAACUCAAAGGAGAAGCAUUUACGCACAGGUCCGACACUCAGCUGGGGCGGAAACAAUCUGCGGCUGCAGGUUUGCCACCGGCGGCAAAAAAAGGGGACACACGCAGCACUGAGGAGGAACUGAGAAUGAAUGACCGCGUUCAAACAAAGUGGCCGUGAGUUUCUGUUGGGAAAGCAUCAAGAUCUGCGGCAAACUGUGCAGGAUUGCCUUCAUCUCCAAAAUCCGGGUUGCAGCCGGUGAUUGGCAGGAGGAGGAGAGUCUGACGGAGGAGCAGAGGAAUGUUGGCAGCCAUUUAGUCUGAGCUCAACAACGGAGGAAACAUGGAUUCUUCACAAAAAAAAUGUAAACACAGCAAUGGAGUGAGAUGUAAGACCUCUGAGGAGGAUAAGGAUGGUUCGGCAACAACAGCAGAAAGAGAUGAAUCACUGAGUUGUGCGCAAUGUGGCAAGACUUUUAUCACAGCAACAAAGCUAAGAAUUCACAAAUGUAUUCACACUGUGGACAAAUCAUUCAGCUGUGAUCGGUGUGGAAAGGCUUUUACUACCAAGACUCUGUUAAAAAGCCAUCAACUCAUUCACAGUGGAGUUAAACCAUUCAGCUGUGAUCAGUGUGGAAAGGCUUUUACUCAGAAGAGUUACUUAAAAAGACAUCAACUCAUGCACAGUGGAGUUAAACCAUUCAGCUGUGAUCAGUGUGGAGAGGCUUUUACUCGGAAGAGUCAGUUAAAAAGACAUCAACUCACCCACGGUGGAGUGAAACCAUUCAGCUGUGAUCAUUGUGGAAAGGCUUUUACUGACAAGAGUUCGUUAAGAAGUCAUCAACUCAUUCACAGUGGAGUUAAACCAUUCAGCUGUGAUCAGUGUGGAAAGGCUUUUACUCAGAAGAGUAAUCUAACACGUCAUCAACUCAUACACAAUGGAGUUAAACCAUUCAGCUGUGAUCAGUGUGGAAAGGCUUUUACUACCAAGACUCUGUUAAAAAGCCAUCAACUCAUUCACAGUGGAAUUAAACCAUUCAGCUGUGAUCAGUGUGGAAAGGCUUUUACUGACAAGAGUAAUCUAACACGUCAUCAACUAAUGCACAGUGGAGUUAAACCAUUCAGCUGUGAUCAGUGUGGAGAGGCUUUUACUCGGAAGAGUCAGUUAAAAAGUCAUCAACUCACCCACGGUGGAGUGAAACCAUUCAGCUGUGAUCAGUGUGGAAAGGCUUUUACUGACAAGAGUAAUCUAACACGUCAUCAACUAAUGCACAGUGGAGUUAAACCAUUCAGCUGUGAUCAGUGUGGAAAGGCUUUUACUAAGAAGAGUAAUCUUGCAAAACAUCAACUCAUUCGCAGUGGAGCGAAACCAUUCAGCUGUGAUCAGUGUGGAAAGGCUUUUACUGACAAGAGUAUGUUAAGAAGUCAUCAACUCAUUCACAAUGGAGUUAAACCAUUCAGUUGUGAUCAGUGUGGAAAGGCUUUUACUCAGAGGAGUUCGUUAAGAAGUCAUCAACUCAUUCACAGUGGAGUUAAACCAUUCAACUGUGAUCAGUGUGGAAAGGCUUUUACUCACAAGGGUACUCUAACAAGUCAUCAACUCAUUCACAGUGGAGUUAAACCAUUCAACUGUGAUCAGUGUGUGAAAACCUUUACUCAACAUGAACAGCUGUUGAUCCAUCAAUGCCCUCAUUCUGGUAGAAAGCGAUACCACUGUGACUCCUGUGAUAAAACAUUCAAGCACCAACAGAGCUUAAAAUGUCACCAACGCAUCCACACUGGACAUGAUGUUUACCGAUGUGAUUACUGUGACGAACCAUUUGUAUUGUACUCACAGUUAAAAGCUCAUGAAGUGACCCACACUGGGGUUAAACCAUACAUUUGUGACCAGUGUGGGAAACGCUACUGCUCCACUGCAUACCUCAAAGUUCACCAACGUGUCCACACUGGGGAGAGACCAUACAGAUGUGAUGAGUGUAAGAAGACUUUUACAACUUUGGGUUCCCUGAAACAACACCAGCAGAUUCACACCAGAAAGAAAGCAUUCAAUUGGUGUCACAGUGAGCAGAACGGAACAGAUGGACAAAAGUCUCAGACUUGUCAGCACUCUGCCAAUGGUGAACAGUGCUGCUUUGACCAGUCUGGACCAACGUCCAACCAACAAGAAACCCUAAAACGACACCAGCGUAUGCACACUGGACACAGACUGAACCCCUGCCAAGAAGAUUUCUCCAUGCAGGGUUCAGUAAAAGUUCAUGAAGUCCUCCACAAACUUAAAGUCCUUGAGAUCCGGCUUCACAGAAUUCAGGAGAACAAUGUGAUGAGUGCACCGAGAGAUCCAAUACAGGGAGCUUUCCUUUUUCAAAGAUCAUUAGAAGGACAGAAGACAAAAAACCUAUCAUCUGGGUCAGGUGGUCACUCUGCAGCACAAGGAGUACUAUCCCACAUUGGAUCUGAUGUUAAUAUUUCCCUUAGACAUGGUGUUUCUUCAGUGGCGUCCCUGCACAACAUGGAAAGUCUUGAUGGAUCACACUGCCCUGGAGGAGGAGGAGGAGGAGGAAGAGGAGGACCUCGUUCACAAUGACGACCACGCCUGAAACCUGCUGUUCAUGAAUUUUGUUAUUUUGCAAUAAAGCACACUGUUCAAAA